CGUCCAGCUGCCCUCUGAUUGGUCCAUUUUCAGAACCAGAACAUAAAAUAUUGACGCUCCUCUUCUUCAUUAGCCUGUGGCUGCGGUUUAUUUUAAACCGUCAUUUUCUCUGAGAGAUUAAUAUUUGCACUGAGGAGGUCGACCACGCAGCAGCCAGAAUGUCCAGCAAGAGGGCCAAGGGCAAGAACACCAAGAAGCGUCCCCAGAGGGCCACGUCCAACGUGUUCGCCAUGUUCGACCAGUCCCAGAUCCAGGAGUUCAAGGAGGCGUUCAACAUGAUCGACCAAAACAGGGACGGCUUUAUUGACAAGGAAGACCUUCACGACAUGCUCGCCUCAUUAGGUAAGAACCCCACAGACGAGUACCUGGAAGCCAUGAUGAACGAAGCUCCGGGCCCGGUCAACUUCACCAUGUUCCUGACCAUGUUCGGGGAGAAGCUGAACGGCACCGACCCGGAGGAUGUGAUCCGCAACGCUUUCGCCUGCUUUGAUGAAGAGGGAACGGGUCUGAUCCAGGAGGAGUUCCUCAGGGAGCUGCUCACCACCAUGGGCGACAGGUUCACAGACGAAGACGUGGACGAGCUCUUCCGCGAGGCGCCCAUCGACAAGAAGGGCAACUUCAACUACGUGGCUUUCACGCGCAUUCUCAAACACGGCGCCAAGGACAAGGACGAUUAGAGACUCGCCGCCUGUCCAAAGGUCACGGCGUUCUUCAUGUUGGACGGCGUUGGCUGUUGUGGCGUCACGGCUGAACCUGCCAGCGGUGUUUUGUUGAAGCUGCUUGCGGGACCUCUGGGUCCUCCACCAAUCCUACUUUAAAGCUCCUUUGCACAGACCAGACGUCUUCUUUCUUUCAGAAUAAAGUGUCCUGAAAUGA